AUGGCAGACCACUACAACGAAAAAGAUAUUCGCUCGGAGUCGCCCACUUCCCCUGAGCCUCCCUACGAGGAGCGAAUGUCUGCCACGCGAUAUGCCGCGACCCGCAUCAGCACCCUCAAGCCGGCCAUGGCAAAGGCACCGAAUCCCAUCAGAUUGCUGCGCUUGCUCAACUUCCAGCAGUGGAUGUUUUUCCUCGUUGCCUUCCUUGCCUGGACCUGGGACGCCUUCGACUUUUUUACCGUCUCCUUAACCGUCGAACAGUUAGCUGAGACGUUCGGAAAGACCAAUGCAGACAUCACUUGGGGCAUCACUCUCGUCUUGAUGUUUCGAUCUCUCGGCAGUACCAUCUUCGGCAUUGCAGCUGAUCGUUACGGUCGCAAAUGGCCUUUUAUCGUCAACAAUUUACUGUUCGUUGUUCUUGAGCUUGGCACUGGCUUCACCUCCAAUUAUUCUUCAUUCCUGGCGGUCAGAGCGCUCUUUGGCAUCGCCAUGGGAGGUCUGUACGGCAAUGCUGCAGCAACAGCUCUUGAGGAUUGUCCCGAUGAGGCUCGAGGUCUGAUCUCAGGUAUGCUGCAGCAGGGAUAUGCUUUCGGUUACCUUCUAGCAACGGCGUUCGCCCGGGCUCUAGUCGACACCACGCCCCAUGGCUGGCGCCCUUUGUUUUGGUUCGGCGCGUGUCCACCAAUACUUAUCAUUCUAUUCCGGCUGUGUCUGCCCGAGACCAAUGCAUACCGCGAACGCCAGGCUCUGCGUCAAGCACAAGGUCCAGGCAUCGCUGGCACAUUCAUCAGCGAGGGCAAGGUCGCUCUUCGUAGGCAUUGGCUUUUGCUCUGCUACAUGGUGGCACUUAUGGCAGGCUUCAAUUUCAUGUCUCAUGGAUCUCAAGACCUAUAUCCAACAAUGCUCAAAAAUCAGUACAAGUUCUCGCCCGAUGCGGUUACAGUUACGCAAGUUGUUGCGAACUUGGGCGCAAUGACUGGUGGUACAUUGGUCGGCUACUCGAGCCAGAUUUUCGGUCGUCGGCUCUGCAUUCUGGUCAUGUGUGUCAUCGGAGGAGCGCUGCUAUAUCCUUACACUUACACGUCCUCCAAGGCUGUCAUCGCAGCUGCUUUCUUCGAACAGUUCUGCGUUCAGGGCGCUUGGGGUGUCAUUCCCAUCCAUCUGAUGGAGCUUUCACCCGGCGCUUUCCGUACAUUCGUGGUCGGAACAUCCUAUCAGUUGGGCAACCUGGCCAGCUCGGCAUCCAGUACCAUCGAAGCCGACUUAGGUGAGAACUACCCGCUUCCACCGCUAGUAAAGAACGGCAAGACAACCAAGCGUUAUGAGUACGGCAAAGUCAUCUGCAUUUUCAUGGGCGCCGUAUACGCCUAUGUGAUCUUGUUGACAUUCAUUGGCCCUGAGCGGAGAGGGCGCGAUUUAUCGGUCAAUGCGGACGCUGACGCCGCAGAGGCCAUGCACAACAGGCAGCAUCAUGCCGCUGCCGGUGGUCAUAUCAACGGGAGCGGUAGCGACGAGGAGGACAAGGCUGUCAGGAAGGAAAGGGAGACUGUUUAA